AUGGAGUACCCUUCUCUGGCCCUCUCCGAUGACCAGUCCAAAGGGCUGUCAACUGGGCGGGAAGAGGAAGAGGAUGUCCUUUACAGUAAGAGGGACCCUGACCAUCACAUUAUUGAGGACAUGUGGCUCGGAGUGACUGUGGCCAGCCAGGGUCCCGCAGGUAGAGUCCUGGUCUGUGCCCACCGCUACACCCAGGUGCUGUGGUCAGGGUCAGAGGACCAGCGGCGCAUGGUGGGCAAGUGCUACGUGCGAGGCAAUGACCUGGACCUGGACCCCAGCGAUGACUGGCAGACCUACCACAAUGAGAUGUGCAACAGCAACACCGACUACCUGGACACGGGCAUGUGCCAGCUGGGCACCAGCGGCGGCUUCACCCAGAACACCGUGUACUUCGGUGCCCCCGGAGCCUAUAACUGGAAAGGAAACACCUACAUGAUUCAGCGGAAGGACUGGGAUUUGUCUGAAUAUAGUUACAGGGACCCAGAGGACCAAGGAAAUCUCUAUAUUGGGUACACGGUGCAGGUAGGCAGCGCCAUCCUGCACCCCACGGACAUCACCAUUGUGACGGGUGCCCCGCGGCACCGACACGUGGGUGCCGUCUUCCUGCUGAGCCAGGAGAUAGGCGGAGAAUUGCAGAGGCGGCAGGUGCUGGAGGGCACGCAGGUGGGCGCCUACUUUGGCAGCGCCAUUGCCCUGGCAGACCUGAAUAAUGAUGGGUGGCAGGACCUGCUGGUGGGUGCCCCCCACUACUUUGAGCGGAAGGAGGAGGUAGGGGGUGCCCUCUAUGUCUUCAUGAACCAGGCGGGAACCUCCUUCCCUGCCCACCCCUCCCUCCUCCUUCACGGCCCCAGUCGCUCUGCCUUCGGCUUCUCCGUGGCCAGCAUUGGUGACAUCAACCAGGAUGGAUUCCAGGACAUUGCUGUGGGAGCCCCAUUCGAGGGCUUAGGCAAGGUGUACAUCUACCACAGCAGCUCCGGGGGGCUCCUCAGACAGCCCCAGCAGGUGAUCCAUGCUGAGAAGCUGGGACUGCCAGGCUUGGUUACUUUCGGCUACUCCCUGAGUGGGCAGAUGGACGUGGAUAAGAACCUCUACCCAGACCUGCUCGUGGGGAGCCUGUCAGACCACAUCGUGCUGCUGCGGGCCCGGCUCAUCAUCAACAUCAUCCACAGGACCUUGGUGGCCAGGCCAGCAGUGUUGGACCCCACGCUCUGCACAGCCACCUCCUGUGUGCAGGUGGAGCUGUGCUUUGCUUACAACCAGAGUCCCAUCAUCAUCUCCAUGAACUACUCUUUACCUUUGCGGAUGCCCGAUCGCCCCCGACUGGGGCUGCGGUCCCUGGACGCCUACCCAGUCCUCAACCAGGCGCAGGCUCUGAAGAACCACACUGAGGCCCAGUUCCAGAAAGAAUGCGGGUCGGGGAAGACGCCCACAAAGCGCUGCUCACCCUGGCGAUGCCCUCCAGCCUGCUGUUGUCCUCCUGUGCCCUCCUACCUCCUGGGCUUCCUUGAAACAAACGCUAGCGUGGGGGAGGGGGAGAUCCAGUAA